UUUCCUUUCUCGGAUUCCACAACCAGCUGCUGAAAAUGGCCCUGCAGUCGCCUUAUUGCAAACCGACUAUUCCUUUUAGUGGUCCAAUUCAUGGAGGCCUGAAAGAUGGGAUGACCAUAUUAGUCAACGGAUGUGUUUUGAAGGGCUGCAGAAGAUUCCGGGUUGACUUUCAGUGUGGCAGUUGCCAAAUGUCCAAACCAGAUAUCGCUUUCCAUUUCAACGUCCGUUUUGAUCAGAACUGUAUUGUAUGCAAUUCACGCGAAAAGAGCAGCUGGCAGCAAGAAGAAAGGAAAUAUGAUAUGGUUUUCUGCACAGGGCUUCCUUUUGAGAUCCAGUUUGUUGUGAACAGCUCCUCCUAUGAGGUUCUAGUAGAUGGAAAGCUGUAUUUGGAAUUUAGGCACAGGAUCCCUCUUUGCCGAGUAGAUACCAUCAGAAUUUCAGGAGAACUAGAUGUGGAGUCAAUCAGCUUCCGAGGUUCAACUCCAAGUUCCUAUCCCAUUGGACAAUGCUUUCCGCCACGGAUGUAUCCUCUCCCUUACCGAACUACCAUCUGUGGGGGCUUUUCCCCAUCCAAAUCAAUAAUGGUCUCAGGUUCUGUGUCUCCUUGUGCUCAGAGGUUCGAGAUCAAUCUGAAAGUGGGGAACUGUAUUGCUUUACAUAUCAACCCACGGUUUGAUCAGAAUGCGAUUGUUCGAAACUCUCUGCUCAACACGUGCUGGGGCUCAGAGGAAAGACACCUACCCUGUGGGAUGCCUCUGAUGCGUGGCCACCCCUUUACCAUCCGGAUUCAGUGUGAAGCACACUGCUUUAAGGUAGCUGUGAACGGACUUCAUCAGCUUGACUACAACCACUGCAUACAUAACCUGCUUCAGAUAAAUCUGCUCGAAGUGGACGGUGACGUAACGUUGGCCAACAUCCAGGCUUAA